GGAUAUGGGCAAUCUAAGCCAAGGGUGGGUCAGUUAGCUGAUGUGGAGGCUGGAAGAGGAUGCUGAGGUGAAAAUACCAUUGAAUAAUUGAAAAAAGCAGAAGUGGCGAAGGCAAGAAAAGACAGAGACAAGAAGGAAUUAAAGCAGAGAAACAGCUAUGGUGUAAGAUUUCAUCUAUAUGAGAAUGGUUUUGAGGAAUCAGCUUGCCUAAACAGCUCUACAAAGAACUGCUUGCUUGAAACCUGGAAGGAAGUCCUCAGAAAAAGUGAACAUCAUCACCACGGCUUGCCUCCAUGGCCUUUGAGACCAUUCGGAGGGAGCGUGAGAAGCUCAUCGCCUUUCUUGAAAGGGCGCCUGAUCUCAUCUUGGACGAUGCAGCCUCCCAAGGCUUUAUCUCAGAGACAGAUUACAGUGAAUUGGACAAGCUUCAGUCCUCCAAGGAGAAGAUGCACAAACUUUUGGUCAAGAUCCAACGCAAGGGCGAAGAGAUUUGCCAUCGGUUUCUGGAAAGCAUACGGAGUAUCUUUCCAGACCUGCCUGCUGCCUUAUGGCCUCCAGCGAGUGCUUGCUCCCCUACUGAAUGCUCAGACGUAAAUGGAAGUUGUAACUGUCCUCCUGCUGAAGCUGUGAAUGAGAAGAGUGAACCAGAAAAUCCAGACUUGGUGAUUUCCUCGCCAGUGAAUGGAAGCAAGAACUCUGAAGAAGAUGCAUCCAAUACCGAAGACCUUAAAGUAGAUAUGAUGGAGGAAGAUAUCCCUGAAGGGACAGUCAAGAGCUUCCUGAACAAGUUGGGGCUCAGCAAGCAAAGCAGAAGCAAGCUCACUAUGAGAGAAAUCCUAGAAAUUGACUCAGAAAGUCUCAAAAUCAUGGCUCCCCAAAAGCUGGAAGAUCUACCAUGGCAUUUCUUGAGGAAACUCAUGGCACUCAAUGGAACUGCUAGAAAUACAAGCCUUGUGCCAAAGGCUGAGAAAGAUUCAGAUGAAAGUAUGAAAGAUGAGAUAUUUUGUCUUCCUGAAGGAGAGACAGAGGUUUCUUCAAACCCUCUUGAUGUCCUUUGUGCCAUAUUGCUGUGUUCUGAUAGUUUCCUUCAACAGGAGAUUUUUCUUAAAAUGUCCAUGUGCCAGUUUGCCCUUCCUUUGAUUUUACCUCCCCUUGACACUCCCAAAUGUACCUUCAUGCUCUGGGCCAUGAUGGCCAUUGUGAGAAAAUGGCGGCCACAUUCCUUAGCUGAGAGUAGAGGCUUUAGAGAGGAUAACUUGGUGCUUAUUUCCAUGCCAACCAUUUCCUUUGUGCGGAUGGGAACUAGCAGUCUCUCCAAAUCCAAACUUCUUAAUGAAGUUCUCAGCUCCCCUCAACACCACCAUGAUUUCUUUGUACACCGUGAUGUUGACUGUGGAAACGUUGCUCGAGAGAUUAGUAAUGGGUUAGUGGAAAUUUCCUGGUAUUUCCCUGCAGGGAGGGAAAACUCUGAUCUUUUUCCAGAACCUGUAGCAAUAACAAACCUGCGUGGAGACAUAGAGUCACAUUGGUUGCAAUUCAGUUUUUUAACAGAAGUAUCAACAGCUGUCUUUAUUUUUGUUGAGAACAUUUCCGAAUCAGAAUAUAACAUGUUCUUGACUCUCCAGAAACUAGCAUCUAAAUUCUACUUUAUCUUAAAUACGGAAGGAGGAAAAUCAAAGGAAGCACUGGGGUCCCUUAACAGACUAGCACCACUACUGAAUUUGACCAGAUCACAGUUGCUGGUGAAAGAAAAAAGCCAAAAUACCACAGAAUUUGUAAAGAAGCUCCAUUUGGCCAUGAGAAACAUCAUGACAUCUCCUCAGAAAGUGAUGAAUAUAGAAGAAAUGUCUGAUAUAAGCCGAGAACUGGGAAUUGAGAUAGAUGCAGACACACAGGGCUGUCAGAAGGGGACUUUGUACGCCAAGGAAAUCACUGAAGAAAUAGCAGAUGUUGCAGAUUACAAGAAGGAAAUGCUGAAACUCCAAGGAGACUUGUGGAGAACUGUGGCCAAGGUGGAGAAAGAGCAGUGCAGAAUGAAAGGACAAGCUGACACACCAACAGAAGACUACAAGUCUCAGCUUAGAGAGAAGUGGAUACAAUUGCGCGCAAAGCAAAAUCAGUGUGACCUUACUGAUGGCAUAACAAAAUUUAUUAAUGGACUCCAGCAUCUUUGCCCAACAGAGAAGCAUUUCUUUCUGAAACUGAUGAAAUUCAGCUUAGAUCGUAUUGCAAGGGGAAACCUCUUAAUAUUGCAGGAAGAGUAUAAAGAGAAAUGCCGCACAACAAGUAAUGACACAGAGCAAUUAAAACAGCUGGACAAAUUAAUUUCCUUAAGUUCCUUAGGGGUGGAACACUUCAUGCGUGAGUUGGGGCAGUUUUAUGAAGCAGAAUACAUGAUGGUGAAAGAAGGUAGGAUUACACAGGGCCAAAGGCAAUUUCUACACCUGCCAGCAAUAGCUGCCGACUUGAUGCUGGAAGGAUUUCCAAUGGAGCUGAUUGAUGGAGAUGCCUCUAACAUCCCCCUGCAGUGGGUCACUGAUGUUCUGACUGAGCUCCAUAAUAAGCUAGGGGGCAGAUCUAGAAUGCAGAUUCUAACAGUUCUUGGUGUACAAAGCACUGGCAAAUCUACCCUUCUCAAUACCAUGUUUGGACUGCAGUUUGCGGUCAGCAGUGGUCGAUGUACUCGGGGAGCGUUCAUGACACUCCUUAGAGUCUCAGAGAAUCUGCAGCAGGAAAUUGGUUGUGAUUUUGUCUUAGUAAUAGACACAGAAGGUUUGAAAGCCCCUGAAUUGGCCAAGCUGGAGGACAGCUAUGAGCAUGAUAAUGAGUUGGCAACCUUGGUGAUUGGACUCAGUGAUAUCACCAUCGUUAACUUGGCCAUGGAAAAUGCAACCGAAAUGAAGGACAUCUUGCAAAUUGUGGUCCAUGCAUUUUUGCGGAUGGAGAACAUUGGCCGCAAACCCAACUGUCAGUUUGUGCAUCAGAAUGUCAGUGACGUUUCCGCUCAUGACCAAAACAUGAGGGAUAGAAAACACCUCCUUGAACAGCUGAAUGAAAUGACCACAGCUGCAGCCAGAAUGGAGAAACGACACGGAGAGGUGUGUUUUUCAGAUAUUAUGGACUACGCUCCAGAAAAGGACAACUGGUACAUUCCUGGCUUGUGGCAUGGCGUCCCACCCAUGGCUCCAGUGAACCUUGGAUACAGUGAAAGUGUGUCAGAAUUGAAAAGGUACUUAUUUGACUUCAUGAGGACCAGCUCGCAAAAUAGAUCUUCUAAAGACAUCCCUCAGUUUGCUGAGUGGAUAAAAAGCCUAUGGAAUGCUGUAAAACAUGAAAAUUUUAUCUUCAGCUUCCGUAACAGUCUUGUGGCCAAUGCAUAUAACCAGCUUUCAGUUAAAUAUUCAGAAUGGGAGUGGGAUUUCCAGAAAGAGAUAUAUUGCUGGGUGUCUAAAGCUGAGACUUCAAUUCAGAAUCGUUCUCUAGAAGAACUAAAAGAUAUUACCUUAGAUAAAAUAACACUUGAGGGUUAUCACAAAUUGGAUGCUGGAGAGAAAGAAAUGUUACAGUGCAUACAGAGCUAUUUUGAGAGUGGUGGAGAACAUUUGCACCUGAUAGAAAAGUAUAAGGAAGAGUUUGUUAGAAGCGCGAAGUUCCUUCGUAACCACCUGGAGAGCUAUUUAGUUAACAAGUGUCAGGAGACUAUUGUGAUUCGAAAAGAACAAGGCAAGAUAGACCACCUUCAAGCUGGGUAUUUUAAAACCAUGGAAGGGAAGGUAAACAAACUCCUAGAAGAAUGUAAGGAAAGAAAAUGUAAACUGAAUUCCAAGAAACUGAAGCGAGAGUUUGAGAAAAUGUGGAAAGAAACCUUGGCAGAGUUGCCCUCGACUAUCUUAACUCACCGGCAAAUUAACAUUGAUGUAUUCCAUCAGCUCAGGAAAGAUUUAGAGUGUCGGGGUGGCUUGGCAAAUCAGAUCUUGCAGGAGUUAACCUGCAUUUCAGAACUCGGUAAGAAACAAUUCAUCUUUAAAAACGAGCACCUAGAAUUGACAUUCUUUAAAAAAAUGAAAAAAUUCAUCUUCAAGGAUUAUCUAGGUGAACUUGAGUUUGCUACUGUGCCUCUCAUUGAAAUGUGUCGAAAUUAUGUUAUGGAAAAAGUCAGUCUGAAAGGGGACUAUGUUGAAACAUACUGUCGUGAAUUAUUGUGGAUGAUUAACCAGAAACUUGAAGAGAAAGAUUUCCAGAAACUUCAUAUUACCAUUAAAUUUGAGGUAGAGGUGAAAUAUCACAUUCUACAAGAGGCAGCUGCUUCUUUUCAGGAGAUGCACAAUGCCUUCUGCAGGGCAAAUAAUCCCCACCAGCGAUUAAAAAACCUGAAACCUCACUACUUUUCCAUCUUCAAAGAUCUUUACAAUGCGAAAGACGCUUGCCAGAAGAGAGCCAUGAAUUUUUGUGAAGUGUGUUUGGAGCCAGCUUUGGUGGACUACCUUAACAAGAGACUUGGCAUUGACAUAGUUGAUAACUUUCUCAGCAGUGCGCAAUCCAUUCAGUAUGGGAGUCGGAGCUUCUUUCAAUUCAUGGUGCAGAAGAAAUUGCUAGAAGAUGAAAAUUUUGAUGACUAUGUGAAGUACAUACGUGAUUAUAAGGGGUUUGUCAAAUUUUGGAUAGAGGAACACUUGGUGGACCACUAUGGGAAAAGCCAAGAUUUGGCAGUUUUGGAAAAAGAAAUCUUAUCUGCUGUGAUAAAGAAAGUUAAAGCAGCUCUGGCAAGCUCUGCAGAAGAAACAGUGACUUUAUUUGAAUUUCUGGAAUGUUUCUGCCAAGAGAUGAGUGAAGAGCUUGUCAUUUCCAAGGAUUCUUUUGAUAUUAUCCUGUUCAACAAUACUUCCAAAGUUAGCUCUUUUGCAGCUGAUGUCCAGGGCUAUAUCUCUGAAGUAAUGGAAAGAAUUCUCGCAGAUCAAUCUAAACUGGAUGUUGAUAUGAUACUUCAAGCGGUUUCAUUCAAGCCCCAGGAAGAAAUCUUCAGGCGUGUCUUUGGCUGUGGGAAACAGUGCCCCUUCUGUAAAGUCCCUUGUGAAGCUGGGGGUGGAAAUCAUCAGGAACAUUUUGCCUCGACCCAUCGACCUCAAGGGUUAGGGCAGUAUAGAUGUGUUAUAACCAAGAAGCUUAACUAUUCCUUAUGCUCUUCAUAUGUCACUUCAGAUGCUACUUUCGAAAACAUGGCCACAGACUGGAAACCUCAUCCCUAUAAAGAAUAUCGUCAGUACUAUCCUGACUGGCGCAUACAGCCUGAUGCUAGCAUUGCAGCCUCAGACUACUGGAAGUUUAUAUUCAACAAGUACAACCAGAAGUUUGCUGAAGAGUAUGAUGCUCUCCCUGCUGUUCUCCCUGAGGAUUGGAAGAGAAUUACUAAGCAGCAAGCACUGGAAAGCAUCCAAGAAGUCUUUAACAUGCAAUAAUAAAUGACAGCUGCUGCCAUUGCCAACUUUUCCACCUAAAUGCCUUAUCAGG